AUGGCUUCCUCGGUCUUCUUCAAGUUCAAAUCUCAGAAAGAGCCCACGCGUGUGGAGUUCGACGGGACAGGCAUCUCUGUCUUCGAGUUGAAACGUGAAAUCAUCCUACGAAGCGGUCUCGGCGAUGGAACCGACUUCGACCUUGUUAUCUGCGCCGACGAGGGCAUGAAGGAGGUGUAUGACGAUGAUACCACCAUUAUCCCCCGCUCCACAACGGUCAUCGCCCGCCGCAUGCCCCCCAAGGUAGCCGGUAGAGGAGGCGCCGCUCGCUAUGUCUCCGGGAAGAUGCCCGUACAUGCAAAGAACUCGUCGCGGCGAGAGCAGGUCGCCAAGCCAGCUGUCAAGGCACAAUCUAACACGCUAGCGCAGCUGAGCAGUGCGAUGACAGAAGAAGAGAAGAUGGCGGCAGUCUUCCAGGCGCAAACCGAAAACUUCAGUUCCCGCGAGGAAGAGAUGGCUACACAACAAUACGUAGCCAAGGGAGGUCCCAAGAAACCGGCCAAUGUCCCCGACCACGAACCCCCUCAGGGCUACAUCUGCUACCGGUGUGGUGAGAAGGGCCACUGGAUCCAACUUUGCCCAACAAACGACAACCCCGAGUACGACAACCGUCCCCGCGUCAAGAGAACCACCGGCAUCCCCAGGUCGUUCCUGAAGACAGUAGACAAAGCGACAGCGCUUGGCCAGAACGCCGAUGGCGAGGACUCAAAGACUCCGUCCGGCAUCAUGGUCAAUGCGGACGGAGAGUUCGUGAUUCAUGAACCUGACAAGGCAGCUUGGGAGCAGUUCCAGGCUAAAGCCAAGGCGAACCCCGCCGCGCAGAAGGCCGCUGCCGAGGAGGACAAGGUCAUCCGGGAACGAGGUUUGGAGUGCCCCGUCGACAAGAAAAUGUUCAUAGAGCCAAUGAAGACUCCGUGUUGUGAGAAGACGUAUUGCAAUGAUUGCAUCACCAAUGCUCUCAUUGAGAGCGACUUCGUCUGCCCGGCUUGCAAGGCGGAGGGCGUCCUGAUCGAUGAUCUGAAGACGGAUGAGGAGGUUGUGGAGAAGAUCAAGGUGUUUCUUGCCGAGAAGGAUGGUAAGAAGGAGGGCUCCCCAGCGGACACACAGUCGCCAGCAACCAUCGGCAGAGAUGAGGCCGAUAGCAAACCUGACGGAAAAGCGAAAUCACCAUCACCCACUCCUGUAGCGCCGACGACAAAUCAACCAGGAAAGUCGUCGACCUCAACCCCGCAAAGCGCCGCGUCCACGCUCGCUACCGGUGCGCAAGCCCAGACUUCCCAGAAGCGUGCCGCAGAGGAUGCCUUGGAGAACCCCAAAAUCCCCAAAGCGCCAAAAGCCAUGCAGAAGGCGCAAGAAGUUCAACAAAACAUGACGCCAAUGAUGGGCGGCGUACCAGGUAUGGCCGGCAUGGCCGGGGCAAACGGCAUGAACGGCAUGCCGAUGGGUGGGAUGCCUAUGAUGUACCCGGGCAUGCCCAUGAUGGGUGGCAACUACGGGCCCAUGGGUGGUAUGCCCAACAUGGGUAUGGGUAUGGUGAACCCAAUGAUGAAUCCCAUGAUGGCAGGCCAGAUGGGCGGCGGCUACGGCGGCAUGAACAACAUGGCCGGUGGUCCCGGGUACAACGCUGGCAACUGGGGUGGGCCCGGCGGCAUGGGCAUGAACAACGGCAACAUGGGUGGCGGACGGAUGAAUGGAAUGGGCAUGGGCGGUGGUUACGGCGGCGGCGCGCAACAACAUCAUCAACAGUACCAGCAGGGCCACGGGCAGCAGCACUUUGGGAACCAACAGGGCCACAGUCAAGGGCAGCAGCACUUUGGGCACCAACACAACAAUAAAAACUUUGCUUACCAGCCCGCUGUUGAGGAGGACGACGCCUACUUCCGCAAGCCAGUAAACCCACACCGGCAUCAAAAUCGCCAGCGCCGCGUCCGGCCUAGCGAUUAUAGGGAGCUCUAA